ACCAUCCUCGACCACAUGCACCUGCGCUGCAAAUGUCACGGCCUGUCAGGAAGCUGCGAGGUGAAGACGUGUUGGUGGGCGCAGCCAGACUUCCGCAUGCUCGGCGACUACCUGAAAGACAAGUACGACAGCGCCUCGGAGAUGGUGGUGGAGAAGCACCGGGAGUCGCGAGGCUGGGUGGACACACUGCGGGUCAAGUACACCUUCUUCAAGCAUCCCACCGAGCGCGACCUGGUCUACUACGAGGGCUCGCCCAACUUCUGCGAGCCCAACACGGAGACGGGCUCCUUCGGGACGCACGACCGGGUCUGCAACGUGUCGUCGCACGGCAUCGAGGGCUGCGACCUGCUGUGCUGCGGCCGUGGCCACAACACCCGGACUGAGAAACGCAAAGAGAAGUGUCACUGCAUCUUCCACUGGUGCUGCUACGUCAGCUGUCAGGAGUGCGUGCGUGUCUAUGACGUGCACACGUGCAAGUGAGAGGAGGCCUCAGGCCAACGGACUGCUGGACUUCAAGUGCUGCCCACCCUCCCGACCUCAACGCCCCACGACUUCACAGCUUCUCCAGACACGCAGACAGAAACACACUCAACUUCUACACCUUGAAACCCCGUCCACACUAACGUGGAUAUAUUUUGCAAUCAGCUCAAAUGCAAAUUAAGAAAACAACUUCAUCCAUUUGACGACACAUUUGCUGCAAAAAGCAGCAAACACAGAAACAUCGUGCGGGGUUAAACUUUGGUGAUGAUGAUGCUUUUGGUCAUGCUAACAAAGUUCUCCUCCGGUAUUGGAUGGACUGUCGAUGUCGCCCCCUACUGGCCCAACAUGUUUGUUUGAGCGUUUGUAGUUUGGUGUUCUGAGAUGUUUUCUAAAACGAGGCUGAUGUGGACGGAGAUUCUUUUUAUACCAGAGGGGAAAACAUGCGUUCCGACAAAAUACCCGCGGAAGCAUAGACAAGGCACAAAAAAACACCUGCACUAGAAUCCGUCUUUCGAACCACUACACCCACAACAUCCGACCAGGAAGUGCUGACCUGAGCGCCUUCAUUGGAAGAACAUAGAGAUACGCCACUUUUCCCAUGAUCCCCUCUUCCCUGCAGCAUUGAGGCCACGACCCCCCCCGGCCCCCCUCCCUUACCCCCUCGUCUUUAUU